AUGGCGCUUAAUAAUAGUAAGGAAAUAGUUGAAAAUCUUAUUUCAUAUGGUGCAAAUAUCAAUGAAAAAGUUAAUGAUGGGGAAACAGCUCUUCAUUAUGCAGCAACGUAUAACAUAAGAAAAAUUCCGAGUUCCAAAAGACCAAUCUGGCAGAAAACGAAUCUUUGGGAGAAACUUAUAUAA